UAAUAAUAAACUACUAUUUGGAUUAUUUAGUAGCGGAUCCAAUUUGUUGAUAAUAUUGUUGACCACCGGUUGUCUCGUCUUCAUAGCAAUGGUUGUUGUCUUUAUUGUGUUUAGAUAUCGUCAGCGAAAAAGCCAGAAAAAGAAGAACAGUAUCUGCGAUGAGACCAUUGAGGCCGGAGUUAUACCUUUAUCUACAAAAAGACAGAUAAUCACUUCCAGUGACCUAAAAAGUGCUAAAGAAAGCGGUGGUUCAAGUGAUAACUCUGAGUCAUCGGAUGGCGAUGUCUUCUACAAUCGGAACAGCCGUUACGUUAUCGACAGAGUUCAACCCAAAAGACAGUUAUCAUUGCAAUCGCAGACAUCGAUAACGUCAGUCGAAUCGGUAGACAUUGAGACCAAUAAGCCAUCACUUGUAAUGUCGGUUGUUUGCGACGGCCGCAGCGCUUCGGUAUGGUUGGUAAAAGGCAAACAUUUACGCCGAAGUGGUCACUCGCCUGAAGAUAAACUGGUUGCCGAAGGAGUGUUUGCUCGACUCUAUCCACGACAGCGAACGCUCAGCCAGACAUCGGACGCCUCGCAGACCGAAAACAGUGAUCAGACAAUCAACAGUCAAUCACAAGAGUAUUUUGAGACAUCAUUUAUUAGAUCCAAGAAAUCAUCGGUAAUUAAGUUCAACAAAAAAGAAAAGUUUCAUAUAUUGGGCGAUAACUUUCCCGUAAGGAUAUCAGUCUACGAGAUGGACAAACAUCGGGUACGAUAUAAUAUUGGCCACUGUUUUCUGGCGGUCAAUACGCACGACAAUUGUCAGUCCAAACAAAUGAUUGAAUUGACACUCGAGUCCACUAUUUAUGCGGCAAAAUGUGCGGCCAUAUCAUCGACGCCGUCGGUAAACUAA